AUGGCCGUAGGGGAGGAGCAGCCGGCUGGGUCUCGCAGGUUUGCGUCGCCUCGGUCGUUGUUCACCUCGAAGAAGCUGGGAGGAGCAGGAGGCUGGGAGGAGGACGAGCAGCCGGCGGAAAGAAAGAUGGCCGCCUCGACAAAUCCCGGCCGCCUCGACAAAAGACGGCCGCCUCGACAAAUCCCGGCCGCCUCGACAAGUCCAGCUCGGCGAGAGGAGAAAGAUAGAUGCUGGGCGCUGGCUGCGGCUGGACUUAGAGAUGGUGUAGGGUUUUGUUAUGUCAAUUGA